AUGGCCAAAUUUAGCAGCAGAGCUGCCUUGGCGUUUUGCGCAGUAGCGCUAUGUUCUAUUGUGCGUCUAGUCGCAGCGAGUUGCAAUUUCGAAUAUCCGCCUGGGUUGCUCAGCAGCAAUGCUCUUGUCGCGUGCCACGAAAACCUCGAAGUCGCCUACAGCGCAUAUGCGAUCUGCCCACGCCAAGUCAACGGCACCGAGUAUGUAUGGCACCCACAACCAACUUCGGAUGAUAACGGCGAAAUCAAGACGUAUGUGAGUGAAAAUGAAAGGCUUCGUUCCGUUUCUAUUUCGGAUGUAAUACGCACUGAAGGCGAAAACCCAUUCAUCACACUGGAAUCGAAUGUUUUCCGAACGGAUAUUAGGUUUAAAAAACCGAUGUUUGAGAUGAUUGCGCUUACUGAAAAGCGUUUGAUAUUCAUCUGCGGUCCGAAAGAUUUGGUUCUGAAUGAUGAACUGCAGCGUCACCUGGGCCGCCUCGAUGGCUUUGGCAAAAUGCAACAACUCCCUUGGACUACAACCACACCAUUGGCUGCAGAAAUAGCAAAAAUAGGAAACGGACUGGGCGUUUUUUACUUGAACAGAGGACGUAUGGAUCUACCUCUUCAAGGAUGUGGCAGUCGUCCCUCACCAUUAUUUGCUGCGGAUAAUGAGGUGGCCGUAGACCCCAUCACCGGAGUCCGUUCAUGUGUGGCGGAUCCUAUGUCGUUAUCACCCAUAGGGUUCCUUUGUGAAGGACGGAUUGAACCUGAUGGUUGCAUGAGGUCCCUCAUUAACCAGAAUGACGAAGUUGUGACUGCUCCUACACCGUACUCAUAUAGGGAUUUCGAUAACCGUGGACCAUGGGUGAUAGCGCGAUAUUUUAAUGGACUAGCAUUGCCACCCAUCAAUGGCGAAUGCAGGUGCGUUGAUUCUGCAACCGGUCGUGUGAAGGCAAGGAUGGAAAUCCGUACGAAAACCGACUACGUUUGUGAUAUUUCUAGGAAGGCCUUGCCUGAACCUUUUAGCCGCAUCAGUGGCCCUUGGUGUUCCGUGGUACUUCAUCCGGGCAGCACCUUGACAAUAAGAUUGCCAACACAGCACGUAAACUCGGUUUCUAUUGGCAUGGCUUCCGCGGACGAUACCGACAAAGUUUUAGAUAUGGAUGUAGACGAGUAUGAAUCGACUGUUGCGUUCUCGCAGCCACCGGCUGUCUAUGAAUAUGAGACUGAAUUGCUGCCGAAGGACUUGACUACUCUGAGACACUUGGCAAGCGUCUAUGACUUUGAUAUUCACAACGAAGCGUUGUACCACGAGGCACUUGCUGGCGAUGCCCUCGAGAUGGAUGUUUCCCAAAUCGCCCGGGGAGAGGUCAAACUGACGUAUCACCUCGAUAAACCCCUGGCACAACGGCAUGCAACAAACGCUUUCGAUUAUCAUUGGGCUUUAAUAUCUAAGGAAGAGGAGGUUCAGGAGAAGAUACGUGGCACUGUAGAUUUGACGAUCGCGUUUACCCAUGAAUACGACAUAAUUGGUUGCGACCGGGGGACACCAAGUGUGUUUGAUCCAAACGUGAGCAAGGCACAUUGCUCAGUGAAAUCUAUGGCGAAUGGAAUAGGUGACAUUUACGAAUGCAAAGCCCAUAUUAAGGAAGAGCUUAGGCAGGCCGGUAUUUACUGCAGGCCAGACGAGGAACUGUUGCCACAUAAUUGUGAAUCUAUGGGAUACGAUCUCCACAAGAAUAGGAUGAUCUCAAUUCCUGGGUCUGUGCGAAAUGCGACACCAUAUCCCAUUCAAGGGUUUCAACUGUUCGACUAUUUCUUCCGCAACAAUAGCCCUCUUAGCUAUGCUUGCUUUUGUGUCGAUGAACGUGGAUAUGAAAGAUCAAGGCUUGUUGUGGAGUCACAUCAUGAUGAGGAGUUCACCUCCAUAAUAAACCGUGAGAAGGCCUCUCAUACACUACUUCCUCACAUAUUGCUGCCUUGGCACGAGGUUGAAUUAUCAAGUGGUGGGCUCACAUCGCCCGAAUCUCUUCUGCUGAACAACAUAUCUCAAGAAUCAGUUAACCUGAGAGUGGGUAAAACGUUGUCCAUGACCUGUGGGAUUGCGCUUGCUCGGCCGUCAGAAUGUGAUUCUUCUGACACUACCAUAGAUGAGGACUUCCCGGCAACAUGGUUGCCGACGCAACCUGAAGAAUUCUAUUAUUCCGUGAACGAAACCCCUGAUGCGAUUGAGCUUAUUAAGGUUACAUACAACGAUUCACUUGCUACGACCCCAGGUGGAUUCAAUGUCGAAUACCCUAGUGACAAAAAUGGGACAAAAAAUAAUAGAUUGGUUGUGCAAUCGACCAUGGGCGCCAUCUUGAUUUCCAAAAAUCCAAUUCAUAAGCAAUUUGUGCCCAUGACAUUCGUGUGCGGCAAAACACCCGAGACAUCAGAUUUAUCCGUUAUCACCGGCAAUGCAUCGACUUCAGACGCACCUGCACAGCCCCUUCCUAAUGUCAUGGGGUUGUCAAUGGGAUACACGUGGAAUGCCGUUGAAGUUAAAGUCGAGACAACGGACCCCUACAUGCAAGGCUGCGGUGUUGCGUAUUCGUCUGUUGAAUUAUUCAAGCCUGAGACACCCAAACUGUACGACGCUGACGGACAACAGAUCGGUUGCAAGAUAGACCUCCAUGCGACACGCAAGGCGGCGUUCUACUGCCCGGCACCAUAUGUCCUGGACCCACCCAAUUGCUUCAGCCAGGUCUAUGUCGAUGGCGAAGUAAAGAACGUAAGCGAUUUCAGCAAGUCGCUGGUAGCAUCUCGAUCCAACCACUUCGUCAACCUCAGAUUCAAUCGUUUACGAGUAAGGCCUGAGGAGACGUUGCGCCAGACGCCGCCAUUGGAGUGCCGCUGCGUCACCGUCAAGGGCGCCGUACUCUCCACCAUCCAGAUCGAGAACUAUUACUCAAAGUAA